AUGUCUACUGUCUACAUGCAUGCAUGCAUACGUAUAGACAUAUGCAUAUGUGUGUACGUGGGCGGACUUCUCUGCAUGCCGCAAAUUACUUGGAUUACUCUUGGGCUCUCUUCGGCGCUGCCCGUAAUCUGUUCUUCUCUGCAGCUCGAGCGGUUGAAUUAUAGUCUUGACGACCUCGAUUCAUUGGAGCUCGAAGAGGAAGAGGUUUCCGACAUAGAGCUCGGUCGGUAUGAACUGGAAAGUUACUUAACUUAUAACCUUGACGAGGAACGUGUGAGUAUGAAGGGAAUUGGAAUCGACGUGCCUUACCUUGGGUGGCUUUGGAAAUUCUACAAGGUUGAUGGUUGCCAAACACAUCUACCAGCCACUUGGGACGAAUCAAAUUUAGUUUGCGAGUUCAUUAGUGUGCGCUUGGGCUUCCUAAGUGACUUACAAGGUUGUGGGUUGGCUGGCUUCAAAUAUGGAGAUAUGCGGAACCACGCUGCCAAAGCAACGACGACGAUGGAGGUGACGGCUGCCGGCGAACACACGUUCAGUAUGCAAAUCAAAGAUGGGGGUAAACUUCUGGUCGACGGCGUGGAGCUGAUCAACAUGGAUGGUCUGUAUUAUGGACAGCUGGAUUGCAGGGCCUGCCGGAAUGGACAAGACGUUCGCUGCGCAGAGGCGAAUAUAUAUUUAGGCGUUGGGAACCACAGCCUCGAGUGGCAGACUUUUGCGAUGUUUGGGCGGCGCCGUCGUGCGUACAUGACCCUCACGCUGGAAGGACCCGAGACGGCAUUCCGCAGGCGAGUGACCCGCGGCCUAUCAAACCAGCUCUUCAAUGGAAACUCAUAUGACGGCCAGGACCCAAGCUCUUUGCACGAGUUCAAGAAAAGUCUCCCAUACAGGCUAUACCACGGUGCCGUCGACGAUACCUCUUGCCUGAGGUUAUGCAAUCAGAUUCAUGGAUGCGGAGCAGGCUGGAGCCUUGAGAACUGCGCUGGUCGCGGCCCCUACGCCGACUUCAACCCUAUUACAAAGGGCGGGGACGGGUCAGGCGGCUGGACAGUAGUUCAGGCUGACAUAUGUACCGACGACGACCCUGGCUGUGACGCUGUCGACUUACCGACCACUCUGACGACUGGUAGUAUUUUGUUCACCACCACCACGACCACGGGCGUUGGAGGAGGAGGAAAUGAUCUUGCUGAUCCGGUCACGACGACAACUACAAUCAUAGGUACGGGUGCCACCAUAACCACUACUACAAUUGGAGGGGUAGGCAGUGGAUUAACCACAAGUUCAGGUGCUAGCGCAACUACAACUACUACUUUAACCCCAAAUCCCGUGGUGGCUGCCGUCGGCGAUCCGCAUUUGCAAAACAUCUAUGGUCAACAAUUCGACUUGAUGAAGCCUGGUCAUCACGUUCUGAUCAGUAUUCCACGGGGAGUGCGCGUAGAGAACGCACUACUUCGUGUAGAUGCUGAGGCACGCCGACUGGGUGGAUCAUGUGCAGAUGUUUAUUUCCAGGAUCUGAAUGUCACAGGGGCUUGGAUAGAAGCGAAGCAUACUGGCGGCCUCCGUUUCCAAGCUGAAGAUCUGGGAGACAGAGAUUUGAAUUGGGAACAGUUUGGAAAGGUAGAACUGAAAGUUGCCCAUGGGUGCACACAGCAGGGCACCCGGUAUCUGAAUUUGUACGUUAAGCACCUUACGCGUGCCGAGUUUGUUGUCGGAGGAUUGCUUGGAGAAGAUGAUCACGAGGAGGCAGCGACGCCCUCGGUGUCAUGCGUUCAUCGCCUGUCCCUUGUCCAGGCCGCUUCCUGA